UCAUUCCCAUUGCAUAUCUGUUCUCGACUGCGCAAAAAAUUGAACUCCAGUCCAGAUUAUUUGAUAGAUAGUUUUUGGCCUAUUACCGUUUGAUCAUCACCAUGGAGGUUCUAUUAGGAAUUACUGGAAAGGACUUCACUCUCAUUGCGGCAUCCAAAGCUGCUAUGAGAGGGCCCACUAUCCUGAAGUCUACCGACGAUAAGACACGUAAAUUGAACAAGCAUACCCUCCUUGCAUACUCCGGGGAGGCAGGCGACACAGUACAAUUUGCGGAAUAUAUCCAAGCCAACGCCCAACUUUACUCCAUGCGAAAUGAAACCGAGCUUAGCCCUUCUGCCGUCGCUAAUUUCGUACGAGGAGAACUCGCAAGAAGCCUACGAUCGAGGAGCCCUUAUACGGUUAAUCUUCUACUCGGCGGUGUCGAUCCUAUCACACAAAAGCCUAGUCUGUACUGGCUGGACUACCUAGCGUCAUUGGCACAAGUACCCUAUGCUGCUCAUGGCUAUGCCCAGUACUACUGUCUCUCAAUUCUUGACAAGCAUCACCAUCCAGAUAUCAGUUAUGAAGAGGGCCUUAAACUGUUGGAAAAGUGCACCGACGAGCUGAAGCGGAGGUUGCCAAUUGAUUUCAAAGGAGUCUUCGUCAAAGUAGUAACGAAAGAUGGAAUAAAGGAGGUAGAUUUUGAUUCUAGCAACAACAAGCAGGUUGUCAGCGCUUAAUGAUGUAUUUUUCAUUUGAUUCCCAUUCCAGUAUAGCUCUUGAGUCGUCUCGAAGUCAUGAUUUCAAGUAACGGAUCGAUUUUGUCCCGGGUGGUUUCUGGGCCAGGUCAUCUCGUAAUGUCAGAUUUGCAUUUUGAAGGCUUAAGCAGCGACAGGUAUGUCAUGCGGCGAAGCAAUCUAGUUUCUUAGCCAUUGAGUAU